UAAAAGUUAACGAAGAUGUCCAAAACACUUCUUGCUCUAUUGCUCAUAUCUAUGCUCGCCUUUAGCGCUCAAGGUAAACUACUCAUAUAUAUUAUCAAACCCCCCUAUAUAUUAUUUAUCUAUUCACAAAUUCAUAUCUCUUAACUCAACUGAAAAAUUAUUUUUUUAGCUGCCACAAGCAGUAAGCAAGGCACUAAGUCAAGCCACAUAAGCUAUACUGAUGCUUAAUCAUCAUCAGAAGAAGAAAGCUCAGAGGAAAGCUCAGAACUUUUGGCCUAAUCUUCAUCAGAGGAGGAAUCAGAAGAAGAGGAAUCAGAAGCUCAAUCAUCAUCAUCAGAAGAAGAAGAAGAGGAAGAGGAAUCAGAUGCUUAAUCAUCAUCAUCUGAAGAAGAAUCAGAAGAAGAAGAAUCAGAUGCUUAAUCAUCAUCAUCAGAAGAAGAAUCAGAAGAAGAGGAGUCUGAUGCUUAAUCAUCAUCAUCAGAAGAUGAAUCAGAAGAAGAGGAAUCAGAUGCUUAAUCAUCAUCAUCAGAAGAAGAAUCAGAAGAAGAGGAGUCUGAUGCUUAAUCAUCAUCAUCAGAAGAAGAAUCAGAAGAAGAGGAAUCAGAUGCUUAAUCAUCAUCAUCAGAAGAAGAAUCAGAAGAAGAGGAGUCUGAUGCUUAAUCAUCAUCAUCAGAAGAAGAAUCAGAAGAAGAGGAAUCAGAUGCUUAAUCAUCAUCAUCAGAAGAAGAAUCAGAAGAAGAGGAGUCUGAUGCUUAAUCAUCAUCAUCAGAAGAAGAAUCAGAAGAAGAGGAAUCAGAUGCUUAAUCAUCAUCAUCAGAAGAAGAAUCAGAAGAAGAGGAGUCUGAUGCUUAAUCAUCAUCAUCAGAAGAAGAAUCAGAAGAAGAGGAAUCAGAUGCUUAAUCAUCAUCAUCAGAAGAAGAAUCAGAAGAAGAGGAGUCUGAUGCUUAAUCAUCAUCAUCAGAAGAAGAAUCAGAAGAAGAGGAAUCAGAUGCUUAAUCAUCAUCAUCAGAAGAAGAAUCAGAAGAAGAGGAGUCUGAUGCUUAAUCAUCAUCAUCAGAAGAAGAAUCAGAAGAAGAGGAAUCAGAUGCUUAAUCAUCAUCAUCAGAAGAAGAAUCAGAAGAAGAGGAAUCAGAUGCUUAAUCAUCAUCAUCAGAAGAAGAAUCAGAAGAAGAGGAAUCAGAUGCUUAAUCAUCAUCCGAAGAAGAAGAAUCAGAAGAAGAAUCAGAUGCUCAAUCAUCAUCCGAAGAAGAAGAAUCAGAAGAAGAAUCAUACUCUUAAUCAUCAUCUGAAGAAGAAGAAUCAGAAGAAGAAGAGGAAUCAGAGAGAUGUAUAAUAUAAUUUAAUCUUAGUGAACUUCCGUUUACACUAUGCUGAAGCUGCUGCCACUACCACAACCACCGCAACUCCAACCACUUCAACUACCACCAAAACUCCAACCCCAGCUCCAGCUACCUCCACCACCACAACUAGUACAACCCCAGCAGCCACUAAGAAUGGUGCCAUAUUAGCAGCCGGUUUAGUCUUAGCCGCUAUUGUUUUCUGAUACAUAUAAAAGAAUAUUUAAAAUAAGUUUAUUUUUAGAUAAAAAUA